AUGAGACGGCUAACUACAGUCUCCUUUGUUUGGGCCGCCAGCCUCCAUUUCGUCCGCGCCGCCAUCAACAUCGACGGCAGCCAGGCCGUUGACCCCGUAACUGAGCAUGAUCCCUCCCCCAUCAGCGAUCCCACCAUCUACAUCCCCGACCAGCAUGACUGUCCCUUGGCCUGCGUCGACUAUUCCAACAUGCACAGCUGGACCCCUUUCCUCUCCGUCGACCGCCUGAAUCGCUGCCGCGAGCCCAUGCUUCUGCAGUUCUCCGUCACGCAGCCCCUGGGGGACCCGGACUCUACUAUUUACAUCCGGAGCUGUACACUUGGAGGAAGCUUCGACUUCGCCCCGGCCUGCGCCUCCAUGGGCACGCAAGUUGAUGGGAAGCUGGACGUCGCCACGAGCGGCCCCGGCGGCGAAGACGAUGGCGGCGCGGCGGCUGAUCUGCUGCAAGACAUGACCAAGUUUUUCGCCGACAAGGACAACUGCAACGAACAGUUUCUGUUUGCCUACCACAACCACCUGGUGGCCGGCGUCUACAUCGGAGCUGGGCUUGGCAAGCCUACAGCAAGCUCGGCCCUGGAGGCCCUGGCGGCGACUCUUAGACGCGACCGCCCCGGAUCCCCUGGCGCCAAUCACACCGUGGCCAAGCUCUGUGGCGGCAAACGUUCGCCGGAGCAGGUAUUCGGAAUCUCUUUGAAUACUACAGGUGACCUUGGGGCAGUGCAGAGGACGGCCCUGAAAUGGAGCCUGGGCGAGGGUGCCGCCAGCAACGGCCAGCUGAAGCCGUCGAGGCCCCUUUUCGGCGUCCAGGUCAUGGAAAUUGCCGGUGCCAACAUGACGGCUAGCCGCAACAGCUCUUCCUCGGCGUCUUUGCGAGCCGCGUCGCUAGGGAAGCGCGCCGUGUGCCGGCACAUCAAGGUGGCCCCCGGCGACGGCUGCGCUGCCCUGGCCUCGCGGUGCGGCAUCUCGGGCGACGACUUUUCGAAAUACAACCCAGGCAAAGGAUUCUGCGCGACACUACAGCCAGAGGACUCUGUUUGCUGCUCGCCUGGUGAGCGCUACACGCCUCCCAAGCCCCAGGCAAACGCCGACGGCAGCUGCUCGAGCCAUCUCAUUGCGAACGGGGAUUCCUGCCCCAAGCUUGCCAUGCAGCACGGCGUCUCGGUCGCCGACAUCGAGAAGUGGAACAAGGGCAAUACCUGGGCCUGGACCGAGUGCAGCCAUAUGCUCGUGGGCUACAGCAUGUGUCUAAGCCCGGGACUGCCCCCGAUGCCGCCACAGCAAGGAACCGAGUGCGGCCCACUGGUCCUGGGGACGAAACCGCCCAAGGAGACGGUGUCUCUCGCACAUCUCAACCCGUACCCCCUGAAAGCUUGCUGCAGCAACUGGGGCUUUUGCGGCGUGUUUCCGGCUCAAUGCGAUAACACCUGUGUGUCCAACUGUGGAAACGAGAUCAAGCAGAACUCGGGCCCGCCCAAAAAGUUCCAGCGGAUUGGCUAUUACGAGUCUUUUGGCCUUGAGCGCGAAUGCUUGUUGUUACAAGCUAAGCAUGCUAAUACUGACGGCAGCAACACGCAUAUCCACUGGGCGUUUGCGUCCAUUGACCCGGCAACGUUCAAACCAGUCGUCAGUCCCAAGGACCAGUGGGAAGAGUUCAAGACGCUGUCCAACGUGAAGCGCAUUCUCUCUUUUGGCGGCUGGGCCUACUCAACCGAGCCUGCCACCUACCAGAUCCUCCGAUCCGCCAUCAUUGACAACCGCAACGUCUUUGCUAGUACCCUGGCCCAGUUUGCGGCGGAUGAAGGCCUAGACGGAAUUGACAUUGACUGGGAAUAUCCGGGGGCACCAGACAUAUACGCCGGCAGCGAGCCUAUUGGCAGGAAAGGCGACGGCAUUGCCUAUCUGAAGUUUCUGACUGUCCUCGAGAAGAAACUGGGCUCGGGGAAAUCCGUCUCAAUCGCAGCGCCGGCCUCCUUUUGGUACCUCAAGGCGUUUCCCAUCGACCGGAUUGCCGCCGUUAUCGACUACAUUGUUUUCAUGACGUAUGAUUUACGUGGCCAAUGGGACUAUGGUAAUGUCAAUGCUUUCGAUUCUUGCCCGCCUGGCAAAUAUAUUCGAAGUCACGUCACCAAAGCUGGCGUGCCUAACAACAAGGUCUUUGUCGGCGAGUCGAGCUAUGGGAGGUCGUUCCGCAUGGCCCAGGAUGGCUGCUGGGGCCCAUGUGCGACUUACCGGGGGUACAUUUCAAAUGCCGAGAUCAACGAAAUCAUCAAGAAGAGCCAAGGUCGGACGUUGAAUGACGGAGACUCAAACACCGACGUGCUGCUCUACCAAGGAGACUAUAUCAGCUACAUGACUCCGAAAACAAAGGAUACACGACGUGAAGACUGGAAGGCGCUCAACUUUGCGGGCAGCAUCGACUGGGCCGUCGACCUGCAGGAGUUCGCUUCCGACGACUUCAGCCCACCCAAAAGAAACGAGUCCGGAGAGGGCUGUGUCUGGGGAAAGGAUCUCGGGCUCGACUCAGGGCACCUUUGUGAGUUUAGCUGCGGGUACGGAUUCUGUCCCGAAUCUCGAUGCGUGUGCACCGAGACGGGCACGCCGCCGGACCUCCCGAGCGCGGAUUCGACCGUUGAGGCGGCUGCUCUGGAUUCGUUUGAUGUCGAUCUGAACCGCCUUUGCAAGUUUGCAUGCAAGUACGGGUGGGCCAACAGCCGGGCGUGCUACCGCUAUCAAGACUACACCAAGAACAAGGACGAACUGCAAAAGUGCAAACAGAUAUGCCAGAGUGUGCUGGACGAGGCAGAGGGGGACAGGACGCGCAACUACGGCUGCGUGGCCCGCUUCGACAUCGACAAGCCCAUCCCCUGGGAGAUAGCUCCGUGGGGCAAGGACUUGGUUGUGCGUGGAGACUGCAAUUGCAACAACUGGCUCGUCAACGAGUUUGCCAAUGUCGUGCUGGACGCCAUGCCCAUCAUUGCCCAGAUCGGCUGCUACAUACUCAUGUCGGCUGUGCACCUGGUGCUCGAUGUAGGCGCAAGCUUUAUCCCUGGCGUCGGCAAAACACUUGACGCCGGCUUGGACAUGGCGGCCACAGCGGCGCAAAUGGCAUCGUAUAUAUAUCCAAACGAGGAAGAUCCCGAGGGCGCCUUCUCGUGGUGGUUGAGCCCCUGCGGCUCGACCACGCUGGUGCCCGACGACAUCAAAAAGCUUCAAGAAGCCCAAGAACAUCAAGAAGGGAGCGGCCAGAAGGGGGACGACGGCAACCCGAGGAGCCCCAAGACGCGCCGACCCAACACCGGCGGCAGUGGCCAGCCGCCGCCAUCCAAGAUUGCCAAGAAGAACCCCAAGUGCAAGAUCAAGAAGGGCGUAGAGGUGACCAAGCGCGUCAACGGGCACACGCUGCAGCUGCUUCACUGCCCCAACGACCAGGCCAAGACGGUGACGGAGGAGCUGAUUGUAACAACCGUCACGUACAAGAAAAACGCGGCGUUGAUGCUCGUCACCAAGACGUGCCAGGGCAAGUGGGGCCAGGCCUGUUACCAUUACAGCUCGGCCAUCCGAGAGAACCUGGCGUGGACCGAGCUGCCGUGCCCGCAGGAGGCGGCAACCGUGUCGUGGCGUGUCGACGCGAAGGCGACGGCAGUCUGGGAGAAAACACGCCUCGGGCCGGGCUGGAAGAAGGCGGCCGAGGCCGACCGAAAGACGCAGCACUGCGACAAGGAUGAGUGGCCGCCCGUCGGCCUCCUGGGCCUCGACCACCCGGCCCGCGUCAAGGCCGGCGUGGACGGCGAGGGCCAGCGCGUGCGGCUGCUGCCGGCGGGCGAGAACCGCGGCGCCGGCUCCAUGUGGCGCGGAAUCUGCCUCAACCGGGCCCUCGACAGCCUGACGGACAAGGAUUUCCGCAAAGAGGGGAAAAGUCGCGUGCGGCCCAAUUUUGCCAUUUCUGCCUGGGAGCAUGCGGGCACUGCCAAGGACGAUGGCCUGUGGGACAAUGGCUGCUGGCCCAAGGGCAUCACAUCCAAUGACCCGGGCUACACCCUCCUCACGCUCGACAACUGGUAUAAGAAGAACCCUCGAGGGCCCAACGGACGGGUCACGCAGUGGGACUACACAGCCAAGUUUGAGCUGGGCAGGAAUGGAGGUUGA